AUGGAUCCGUGUCCUUUCGUUCGGAUUGUUGUGGGAAAUCUGGGGUUGAAGUUUAUGGGCUCGUCGGUUUUGCAAUCUUGUUACUGUAAGUUUAAGCUUAGAGGGUUUAAUAAUCAGUAUUCGAAUGUCCCUUUGCUUGUUCAAGAAAGUGAUGCGAUUGAAAGCAGGAACCAUGCUUGUUUCAACUUGAGCAAGUCGGAGCUUGAAAAACUAGUGGAAAAAUCGAGUUCUAAUGGGAAAUUUCCUCGUUUGAAGAUCGAGAUUUAUGAGGGGAAUCGGGUGAAAAAUUGUGGGUUUGUGAAAAAUGGGAAGCGUUUGGGUUGUGUUAUUUUCCAGUUGGAUUUGAAAGGGGUUUUGGAGAGUGGAAGUAAUAGAGUGUUCUUGAUUCAAAAUGGAUGGAUUUUGAUUAAUGGGUUUGAAGCAAAAUUGCAUUUGAAUGUGAGAGCAGAGCCAGAUCCAAGAUUUGUAUUCCAGUUUGAUGGAGAACCAGAGUGUAGUCCUCAAGUUUUUCAGGUCAAUGGAAACGUUAAGCAGCCUGUUUUUACUUGCAAAUUCAGUUUCAGAAAUUCUGGAGAGAGGAAUUUGAGAUCCAGGUCUUCCCUGUCAGAACCAAGCACAUCACCAAGCUGCUUUAGUUCAUCUACAGCAGAUGAACAAUCCACAAAAGAGCGAAAGGGAUGGUCGAUCACCAUUCACGACCUCUCAGGCUCACCCGUAGCUGCUGCAUCAAUGGUGACACCAUUCGUCCCAUCACAGGGUAGCAAUAGGGUCAGCAGAUCAAAUCCCGGAGCCUGGCUCAUUCUUCGUCCUGGCCACAACACCUGGACUCCCUGGGGCCGUCUGGAGGCUUGGCGUGAGCGCAAAAGUGGUGACCAACUAGGCUACCGUUUUGAACUCAUCCCCGAUGGCGGCAUAGAUUCAAUUCCACUUGCCAAUUCCAUGAUUAGCACAAAAUCUGGAGGCAAAUUCAGUAUAGACGUAACCACAGGCCCGACCCCCAUGACUAGUCCUAAUAGCAGCUUUGAUAUCAGUUCUGUGUCUAGUUCCGGAUCGGAACUUGGAUCUACACAGGGAUCCAGUUCGUGGGCACAUCUCUUGUAUAAAGGAUUCGUAAUGUCAUGCACGGUUGAAGGCAAUGGGAAGUGCAGCAAACCGGCAGUCGAAAUUGGGGCGCAGCACGUGACUUGCACAGAGGAUGCUGCAGGUUUUGUGGCAUUGGCAGCUGCAAUGGAUUUAAGCAUGGAUGCUUGUAGAUUGUUUUCUCAUAAGCUAAGGAAGGAAUUGAGGCCACCAGAUCAAGAAUAA